AUGCUUUUCAGACGCCUUUGUGCUGAGUUCGCAGGAGUCUUUUUAAUAGUUUUUACUUCAGGUGUAAGUGGUGGCGAACCUUUUGCUGUAUGUGGUGCUAUCUGAUGUGGCCAAGGUAUUUCUGGAUUGUGUUCAGGUGCUCAUUUCAACCCAGCUGUAACAAUUGCUCUUCUCUAUGACAAAUAUUUAAAUAAAAAAGUCUCAAAAAUAGAUGUGACUGAUGCACUCUUAUACAUUGUAACCCAAUUUAUAGCGGCUUUAUUUUCCGCUCUAUGCGCAUGGGGAAUUGUCCAUCACAACAUGUUUUUCGAUGCCUUAGACGACUACUCAAUUGCCCAGGCUUUUUGGGCUGAGCUGAUUUUUACAAUGCUUAUCUGUGCAAACGCAGUGAUGAUGGGAAAAAUGUGGCAUAUAGAUAAAGUGGUUUUUAAUGCUGCUAUUGUGCUGACUGUUUUUGGAAGUAUCUCUACAGUAGGGCAUAUAACGAAUGGGUGUUUUAAUCCUGCAAUUGGAUUAGGAGUUAAUAUAUAUUAUUACAUCAAGCAUGGGACGCAUUUUGAAAAUACUUGGAUUUUCAUUAUUGCUCCUUCCUUGGGUGGAAUUAUAGGCGCUCUUUUCACAAAUUUUUUCACUGUUGAGAUGAGAAAAAGAAACAUUAUAAAAUAA